CCUUAAGAACUCAUCUGCCUUGUCACAUUCAAAGUCCAAAACAUGGCUAAGGUAUCUUUGUUGUUGUUUUCCUUGUUCAUUAUAGUUGCUUCUGCAAUUAUCAAUGGGUCAGAAGCAGUGGAGAAGGUUGGGAUAUAUGAGCUGAAGAAAGGUGAUCUGAGUGUUAAAUUCACCAACUGGGGUGCAACUAUUGUUUCAGUCUUCCUCCCCGACAAAUACGGUAAAAUGGGUGAUAUUGUUCUGGGAUAUGAUUCUAUCAAUGACUACAAGAAUGAUACUUCGUAUAUUGGUUCCGUUGUUGGAAGGGUUGCUAACAGAAUAGGAGGGGCUCAAUUUACUUUGAAUGGAGUCCAUUAUAAAUUGAUCCCUAAUGAAGGCAAAAACAUGCUUCAUGGUGGCCCUGUUGGAUUUAGUGAUGUUGUGUGGAAAGUGAACAAGUAUAAGAAAGAUGGCUAUGCUCCAUCCAUUGUUUUUGCCUAUGAUAGUUAUGAUGGUGAAGAAGGUUUUCCUGGUGCACUCAGAGUAACAGUGACCUACACCCUUUACCCAGGCAACAGGCUGACCGUGAGAAUGAAGGCCAAAGCUCUAAACAAGGCCACACCAGUCAACCUCGCCCAACACACCUAUUGGAACCUGGGCAACCACAACAGUGGCGACAUCUUAUCCGAACAAGUCCAGAUUUUCGCUUCCCACUACACUCCAGUGGACAGCCAACUCAUUCCCACCGGCAAAUUCGCCACCGUCAAAGGAACCCCUUACGAUUUCCUCAAACCUCACACGGUGGGAAGCCGAAUCAACAAACUUGAAAAUGGAUACGAUAUCAACUACGUGAUCGAUGGUGUGGAUGGCAAGCUGAAGAAAGCAGCAGUGGUGAAAGAUAAGAAAUCGGGGAGGGUGAUGGAGUUGUUUACGAAUCAAGCAGGAGUGCAGUUUUACACGGCUAAUUUCUUGAAAGAUGUGAGAGGGAAAGGUGGAUAUGUUUAUGAAUCACAUGGAGCUUUGUGUUUGGAGACUCAAGCAUUUCCAGACUCGGUCAAUCAUCCAAAUUUCCCAUCUGUUAUUGUUUAUCCUGGAAAAGAGUACAAGCAUGUUAUGGUGUUCAAGUUUUCGAUUUCCUCCUAGACAAAAAAUACCCUUGUCUCCUUUAUUGUUCUUGUCGAAUCUCCUACAACUUUAAACAAUAAUGUAUUUCAGGAUGGGAUAAUAAACCUUUUUUUUUUUAA